GCCUGGCAUACACGGGGCGGUGAGGAUCUGAACGCGCGCCCCCGCCUGGUCCACGCGCGUCGAGGCCGCCACAGCCUCUCGUCCCGGUGGCUCCGGAGCGCACUGCCGGGCGCGCUCUCCGGAGCUUGGGCGUCCGCGACUGGCGUCCUAGGGCGCCAGCGGUGGCAGGCGAGGGGCGCGGCGUUGCUCUGCCACCCGCUCCCAGCAGCGGGCGCGGGCGUCCUACGGGCGUCCGGACCUUCGCCACAGCUGCGGGGAGCUCGGGCCGCGGCUCCCCGGGCUCCAGCCUGGGCGCCCCAGGCCACUCGCUGCCGCCGCCCAUGGGGAUCCGAGAGUUUCCCGGCGGCGCGCCCAGGGCCAAGAGCAUUGCUGUUGGCAUGAGGAGGUCACCGGACGUCAGCCCGCGGAGACUGUCCGACAUCAGCCCUCAGCUCCGGCAGCUCAAGUACUUGGUGGUGGACGAGGCGAUCAAGGAGGAUCUGAAAUGGUCGCGUUCUGUGGAGGACCUCACCAGCGGACCGGUGGGACUCACGUCCAUCGAGGAGCGAAUCCUGCGCAUCACAGGCUACUAUGGCUACCAGCCCUGGGCGACCAGCUACAAAAGGGAGGAGCGCCCCCGGGAGCCCCCGGGCCCUGCAGAGGCCCAGGCGCCAGCUGGGACGGAGGCUGGCGGGAGGACCAGCCGGCACCACUGGACAUGUUCUCAGGAGCAGCUCAGAAAGGUCUUCUGGGGAGUGGCUGUCGUGUUCUGCGUGUGUGCCUCCUGGUCGGGGUCCACGCAGCUCGCCAGGCUGACUUUCAAGACCUUCGACGCACCCUUCACCCUGACGUGGUUUGCCACCAACUGGAACUUUCUGUUCUUCCCAUUGUACUACGCAGGUCACGUGUGCAAGUCCACAGAGAAGCAGUCUGUGAAACAGAGAUACAGGGAAUGCUGUCGGUUUUUUGGAGACAAUGGCUUGACUUUGAAAGUGUUCUUUACCAAGGCAGCACCUUUUGGUGUUCUUUGGACUCUCACAAACUACCUGUACUUACAUGCAAUAAAGAAGAUAAACGCUACAGACGUCUCCGUUCUGUUCUGCUGCAACAAGUCAUUUGUUUUCUUGCUGUCGUGGAUCGUUCUCAGGGACAGAUUCAUGGGAGUGAGGAUCGUGGCCGCCAUCCUUGCCAUCGCAGGCAUUGUCAUGAUGACCUACGCCGAUGGCUUCCACAGUCAUUCAGUCAUUGGCAUAGCCCUGGUGGUGGGCUCUGCCUCCAUGUCAGCCCUCUACAAGGUUCUGUUCAAGCUGCUGCUAGGCAGCGCCAAGUUCGGAGAAGCGGCCUUAUUCCUGUCCAUCUUGGGGGUGUUCAACAUCCUCUUCAUCACCUGCAUCCCCAUCAUCCUCUACUUCACCAGAGUGGAGUACUGGAACUCCUUCGAUGACAUUCCGUGGGGAAACCUCUGUGGGUUUUCCAUUCUCUUAUUGACAUUCAAUAUUGUAUUAAAUUUUGGAAUCGCUGUCACGUAUCCCACGCUGAUGUCUCUUGGAAUUGUCCUCAGUGUACCUGUAAAUGCAGUGGUCGACCACUACACCAGUCAGAUCGUCUUCAACGGGGUCCGGGUCAUCGCCAUCAUCAUUAUCGGCCUGGGCUUCCUCCUCCUGCUCCUUCCAGAAGAGUGGGAUGUCUGGUUGAUCAAGUUGCUCACCCGCCUCAAAGUGAGGAAGAAGGAGGAGACAGCGGAGAGCAGCGGGGACUUGGGCACAGGUCCCCAGAGCAGGAGCAGAAGAGCCCGCCCAUCCUUUGCUCGCUGAGAAAACUCCUCUAGAACUCUGGGAUGCCCCCAUGGUAAUGUUUCUGAGGUCUAUUCCUGAGGGAGGAACCUCAGUUGGGUGAGGUGUACAUACAUGUACAGUUUUGGUAACCGCGGUAAGUUCUACGGUAUUUAUUGGCAUGUCCAAUUUGCUUGCACUUUUUCACGUCAGACCUUCCACUAAGGGUACCGAUUCAAAACAGAUGAGAAAUGAACCUCUCAGAGCUUCUUCAAUGAAUGUAAAGUGGGGUAAAACGAGCCUUGUGUCGGUCUCUUCAGAGGACAGGCAAGCUGGACAAGCCAGGGCAAAGGCUCUGCCUCUUAGCAAUUGAAAAUGACAUUGUGCACUGUGAUUAUUUUUCAGCUAUAGUAGGUCAUAUUUUGUUUUAUACCAGAACUGUAUACUUAAUUUUAAGGAAUCUCAAUGAACCAAAAGAGAAUUGUCAGUUACUCUGGGUGGAUGGGUGGAUGGGUGGAUGGGUGGAUGGGUGGAUGGGUGGAUGGGUGGAUGGGUGGAUGGGUGGAUGGGUGGAUGGGUGGAUGGGUGGGUGGGUGGAUGGAUGAGUGGAUGGAUGGAUGGAUGGAUGGAUGGAUGGAUGGGUGAAUAAAUGGAUGGGUGGAUGGAUAGAUGGAUGGAUGAUGUGUGAAUAGACGGAUGGGUAGGUGGAUGGAUGGAUGAUGGAUGGAUGGGUAGAUGGAAGGUGUAUGGAUAGAUGGAUGGGUAGGUGGUUGGAUUGUGGAUGGAUGGAUGGAUGAGUGGGUGGGUGGAUGGAUGAGUGGGUGGAUGGAUGGGUGGAUGGAUGGGUGGAUGGAUGGGUGGAUGGGUGGGUAGGCGAAUGAAUGGAUGGGUGGAUGGAUGGGUGAAUGAUGGAUGGGUGGAUGGAUGGUUUAUGGAUAGAUGGAUGGGUAGGUGGUUGGAUUGUGGAUGGAUGGAUGGGUGGGUGGAUGAUUGUGUGAAUGGACGGAUAAACAUAUAGGUAGAUAGAUGGUUGGUGGACAGAUGGGUGGAUGGGAAGGGAAGAGAGAGGUGAAGCAGGAAAGGUUAAUAAAUGGAGGACAGGCCUGUGCUGGGUCACAUGAUAGAAAACAGAACUCUGACCUAGCUGGUCUGGUCUCAGAAGACCACGAGGAGAACUCAGUGCCUUCUACAGCAUCUCUGUCCUAUGUGAAGCGAGGUGACAUUAUAUGUCACUGGCGCCGUCUUAUAAUUUAGAUGUAGAGAUCUUUAAAAAAAAACAAACAAACAAACUAUAUGUGUAUAUGUGUGUUCAAAAGUGACAAAGCCGGCGGCCAGCGUGGAGGGAGGGUGGCAGUGUGCGGCAUGCACAGCAGGUGCACUGUGUGGGAGGGACGGCUGGUGGCUUUCACUUCCAGACCAAGACUGAAACUUUAUUUACUGAGUCUGUAAGCCUUUUUAAGAAACUUUUAAGCGCCGGGCUGUUUACUUACACAAUUUAGGUGGGUCUGCCAGAGGCUUCUAUCUGUGAUAGAUCUGCACAGAGGGACUGGGCUUAGAGUUUACUAUUUUUGAAGUUUACAUUGUUACACAUAAAUGGGAACCUGAUUUUGAAAUGGUAUCAUAAUCCUAAAAGGUGCAUUCUGGAACCAUGGAGUUUUUCGUUUCCUGCGGGGAAGGGGUACUCACGACCUGAACUUUUUAGCCAAUUACUAUUCUCAGUUUCCAUUACUUGUUUGGCCAAACAGAUUAAUAAAAUAUUUGAAACAAACAAAAACGAACAAAAA